AUUGCUCCUAGGUGUAUCCACUGUCCUGUGAAAUGUUGAAAAGCAAACCUUCUGAAGAAGUCAAGAUGAAAUACCUCUGCUUUUGCCCAAGCAGAGAGGCAUGGGAAGCAGUAUGUGUGGUAUCAUCUCAGUCCAGCUCUGGGGGCUAGACUUAGAGAAAGACUAUGAUAAUAGUAAAGUGCUGCAAAUAUCCAGAGCUACGCAGAUAUGAAGAUCCAGGACCCCAGCUGCUUAUCCUUUCACAUCUUCAGAAGCCAGUGUUCCCUGUGCUGCUGCUGUUGAGAAGAUCUGCCGUCCCCGGCAGCCCCGUGUGCGGCGCACCUCUUCGUUAGACACCAUCGUGGGCUCCUACCUGUUGGGACAGUGGCCAAGGGAAGCUGAAGGAGCUUCCACUUUGUGUAUGAAUGACAAAGCUACCCAGCCGUGUUUCUCAUCACUUCAGACUCCAGUGUCCUGGCAUGACGCGGAAGCGGGGAAAGCCAGCUCCAGUGCUCACAAGCGUUCUGCUUCUUGGGGUAGCACAGAUCACCGCAGAGAGAUUGCCAAACUGAAGCAACAGCUCCAGCGAACAAAGCUAAAUGGCAGAAGUGGCAAAGAAAAGGAGAAGAGCUCCCCGCUCCAGGGGGACCAUGCUGUCCUUGCAUCGCUCAGGGACUCUCCUUCAGGCUUCCUUUCUCCAUCUCCCAUUCUGAGGUUCAGCCCCUGCUUGCACAGGAGCCUGGAAGGGCUAAACCAGGAACUGGAGGAAGCGUUUGUCAAGGAACAGGGAGAUGAAGAGCUUUUGCGGAUACUGGAUGUCCCAGACGGCCACAGGGCUCCCGCGCCUGCCCAGAGAGGCUCUGGAGAUGCAUCCUUGACUCUGGAGCCCAGCAGUGGCAGCUGUAGCAGCCUCUCUCUUUCUCCUUCCCCCUCCGUGCCUCUCCACCUUUCUCCACACACCCCAGGGAGACUGGCAGCAGAAGAGCCCUCCUCUGCGGCAGAUGAGGGGCAGCCAGAUCCAAAGGAGAAAGAGGAGGGCAGCCCUUCACCAGUCCUGGCCUUUGCUUCUUCUCCUCGACCCAACCACAGCUACAUGUUUAAACGGGAACCUCCUGAGGGAUGUGAGAAGGUCCGGGCCUUUGAAGAAGCUUCCUCCCCCAGCCCCGACCAGCCCUUCCAGCCUUCCUGCCCUGAUAAGAACAAAGUGCACUUCAACCCCACUGGUUCUGCCUUCUGCCCCGUCAGCCUGGUGAAGCCUCUCUUCCCAAACGUGGGCUUCCUCUUCCGGGGUUUUCCGCCUCCUUCCAGCCCCGGCCCGGGCCCGUUUCCAUCCUGCCAGCCCCCCACCCCCGGCCCCUUCCUCGGGGUGCGGAAGGACGCUGCAGUAGACGGCUUCAGCGAGGUCUCCACGUCUCCUUCGCUGAAUUACGAACACUGGAAGCGUGGCCAGCCCGAGGAGAGCGUCGUCUUCCACAGCUCUCUGGUGGUGUGAAGCCUUUAGGAAAGCUCAGCCAGCAACAGCAGCUCUGGCUCCUCAGCGUGUCUCUGCCAGCCUGGGGAGACUUUAGUGCCUUGAAGUUGGGACGUGACAGCCAAGAGGCGGCUCUGGAAUUGUGAACCACAGCAGGUCUUCCUCCCGAGGAUAACAGAAACUGUGAAAUACAGCGUGCCACAGGACUCCUCGCUGCCGGAGGGGCUUGUUUCUCUGAGCCUCCCCUGUUCAAAGCACUUUUCCUGUGUUGAAUUGUCUUUUGUUUCCUGUGUGAUUGUUUCACUGGUGAAGAGCAGCCGGGCGCUGCUGCGGGGGAGCAGAGGCAAACUCCUGCUCUGUGGCUCUGGGAAUGAGGUUGAAUUCAGGUCGGAGGGUCCUUGGCACCGCUGCAGCUGUCUGGGAUUGCUGAACCGUGGGAAGAGGGGAGAAGGGACCUGUAGGGCGGCUGCCCCUGGGUGUAUCGGAGUAGAAAAAGUUGUGUAGCUGCACUGUGAAGACGGCUCAUAGCCCUCGGAGCACAGAGAGGGCUGGCAAGCAGCAGCUCCCUCUCCCUGCCUCCCCUGGCCACCUUCACCCCCCGAAACAAGCCCGGAGCUUUAAGGUGGCCAGUGCUAAAUGGGGGGGGGAUGCAGGUGGCUGAAGGCAGCUGCCACAGAUCCGUGCUCGGGAAAGGGGGUGACCAGGGGGGUGAAGGCGGAGGUGGGAGCUGCCUCUCCGCUCUCCCCACAGGUGGGCAAAGGGCUCCCAGGAGCCUGCGGGAAACGAGGGAAAACCGGCAGCACAGGAAGGGCCCUGCCCCAGGGGGGUGGGUGCUGCUGUAGAGAAACAACCUGCUGCUUUCCAGCCUGGAGCCCCCGGGCCGGCGCUGGAUCCCUGGG